AUGGCGAGAGGGAGUAGAUCAGUGAGUAGUAGCAGUAAAUGGAGAUACUGUAAUCCAGCUUAUUACUUGAAGCGUCCAAAGCGUCUUGCUUUGCUUUUCAUCGUUUUUGUUUCGGUUUCUUUCGUUGUAUGGGAUCGUCAAACUCUGGUCAGCGAACACCAGGUUGAAAUUUCUGAGCUGCGUAAAGAAAUGUCCGACUUGCAAAAUUUGUUGGAAGAGUUAAAUAAAGUGCACGGUGGUGCUGUCAGGAGGGGUGACUCCGAGGGAGCAACUAACAAGUCCACUAAAGAGGUCCUGGAUGAUCCCAUUGAUAUCGAGAGAAGGGAAAAAGUAAAAGAAGCAAUGCUUCAUGCAUGGAGUUCUUAUGAAAAAUAUGCGUGGGGCCAAGAUGAACUUAUGCCACAGUCAAAGAGUGGUGUCAAUAGCUUUGGAGGUCUUGGAGCAACUUUAAUUGAUUCUCUUGAUACACUAUACAUUAUGGGUCUUGAUGAACAGUUUCAAAAAGCCCGAGAAUGGGUCGCAAACUCUCUGGAUUUUAACAAGGAUUAUGAUGCAAGUGUUUUUGAGACAACCAUAAGAGUAGUGGGUGGCCUUCUUAGUACAUAUGAUCUCUCAGGGGACAAAAUUUUCCUUGACAAAGCUAGAGACAUUGCAGAUAGAUUACUGCCUGCAUGGAACACACCUUCAGGAAUUCCUUAUAACAUCAUCAACCUGUCACAUGGACGUGCACACAAUCCUGGAUGGACUGGGGGUUCGAGUAUUUUGGCAGAUUCUGGCACCGAACAGCUAGAGUUCAUUGCUCUAUCUCAAAGGACCGGAGAUCCAAAGUAUCAGCAGAAGGUGGAGAAUGUAAUAACAGUGCUUAAUAAAACAUUUCCUGAUGAUGGAUUACUUCCUAUCUAUAUUAAUCCCAAUAGUGGAACAACAAGUUACUCUCCCAUCACAUUUGGCGCCAUGGGUGACAGUUUUUAUGAAUACUUGCUUAAAGUUUGGGUGCAGGGGAAUAAAACUUCAGCUGUAAAACUUUAUAGAGAUAUGUGGGAGAAAUCAAUGAAGGGUCUGUUAAGUUUGGUUCGGAAGUCAACACCAUCUUCUUUUACUUAUAUAUGUGAGAAGAAUGGAGGAUCUCUCUCUGACAAAAUGGAUGAACUAGCAUGCUUUGCUCCAGGGAUGGUUGCUCUGGGAUCAUCUGGUUAUGGCCCUGAGGAUUCUCAGAAGUUUAUGUCACUUGCAGAAGAGCUUGCUUGGACAUGUUAUAACUUCUACCAAUCAACUCCAACAAAAUUGGCUGGAGAGAACUAUUUCUUUCAUUCUGGGGAGGACAUGAGUGUCGGUACAUCAUGGAACAUCCUGAGGCCAGAGACAGUUGAAUCACUCUUUUACCUUUGGCGCCUAACUGGCAACAAGACAUAUCAAGAAUGGGGUUGGAAUAUAUUUCAAGCUUUCGAGAAGAAUUCCCGUAUAGAGUCUGGCUAUGUUGGACUAAAGGAUGUUAACAAUGGUGUUAAAGACGACAUGAUGCAAAGCUUCUUUCUUGCGGAGACUCUAAAGUAUCUUUAUCUUCUCUUUGCACCUACUUCGGUCAUCCCAUUAGACGAAUGGGUAUUCAACACAGAAGCACACCCUUUGAAGAUUGUGACUAGGGAUGAAGGGAAACCUGUUAAGAACUCAAACGAGAUGCAAAAACCUCCUAGAAUAGGUGGAAGAAAGGAAGGUCGGGCGGGUUAG